UGAUUAUUUACAAAAAUUAAAGAUUGUGUCAUUUUCUAAGAGGAUUCCUACCAGUCUCCGCCCUUACAAUUGGCAGUUUUCCGAGCUGUUUCAUCGCCUGAAAACCGCCCUCUGUAUCCAUUGCUUUCAUUCCUUCCUAAUCUGUAAAAUUCAACAUCUUCCCAAGGCUUCCCCUGCCUCUCUUUUUUCUGUUCUCAAAGACACGUUUGAACUGUACACUCGAUUCUGUACCGGUUGAUCUGUCUAUAUCACCAGCUUCCUAUAUGGCUGUGUAAUCUUUGACUAGUUCCAAGUGACUGAAUCUGCUUCUUUACUGGUGAAGGCUUUUAUGGCUUUCCGGGACCAACUCUCUCGGGGACUUCCUCUCCGUUACGGGAACCAGCCUCCGGAGGAGCAGUCGGAACGGCCGCUUGAUAGCACUCUGCGCUCUAUUUUAUCUGAUCAGCUUACUGAUCACUCUCCGGCUGGAGAUGGUUCUAAGUCUGAGCAUCUGCUUCAGAGCACUCCGAAUUGGUUGAAUAGUGCGCUACUUCGGAAUCAAACACCUCAUUCUCAGUAUUCUGGUGAUUCCAUGACGACCGCUGCAGAUAAGGACAUCACCGACUUCCUUAAUCUUCACACGACGGGUACUAAUUCUGCUGUGUCUCAUCCGACCGGUCAAUGGCUCUCCCGUCCGAUCCUCCAUCGCAAUCAUAGCGAUGUUAUUGAUGAAGUUGCCGAUGCUGCCGAUGCUAUGAUUGGCGCCACGACCACUUUGUCGCGCGAAUCGGACGAUUUGAAGAACAAUAGCUGCGGCGGCGGAGGGGAGGAUGUGAACAACAGUGACGAUGUGGCGAUUGAGAGCGAUGGUAAUGAAGGUGCUCAAUGUGAAGAGGCGAUAGUGAAUUGGCAGAAUGCGCGGGCUAAGGCUGAAAUUCUGGCGCAUCCACUUUACGAGCAGCUGCUCUCUGCUCACGUCGCCUGCCUCCGGAUCGCAACACCGGUGGAUCAGUUGCCGAGGAUUGAUUCUCAGCUUGCUGAGUCUCAGAAUGUGGCGGCGAAGUACUCGUCGCUGGGGCACGGUUCUCAGCCCGUUGUCGGAAAUGGAAAAGAGAUCGAUCAGUUCAUGACGCAUUAUGUUCUAUUACUUUGUUCGUUUAAAGAACAACUUCAGCAGCAUGUCCGCUUCCAUGCAAUGGAAGCAGUGUAUGCCUGCUGGGAAAUUGAGCAAUCAUUGCAGAGCUUGACAGGUGUUUCACCUGGUGAAGGUACGGGUGCUACCAUGUCUGAUGAUGAGGAAGACCAGAUAGAUAGCGAUGCUAUUAUGUUUGAUGGAUGUUUGGAGGGUCAUGAUGCUACGGGAUUUGGUCCCCUUAUCCCAACAGAGAGUGAGAAAUCCUUGAUGGAGAGGGUGAGGCACGAAUUGAAGCAUGAAUUAAAGAAUGGUUACAAGGAGAAAAUUGUAGACAUCAGGGAGGAAAUUUUACGAAAAAGGAGAGCUGGUAAACUUCCUGGUGACACUACGUCCGUCUUAAAAGCUUGGUGGCAAUCACAUUCAAAAUGGCCAUACCCUACUGAGGAAGAUAAAGCAAAGUUGGUUCAGGAAACCGGUCUGCAACUGAAGCAGAUAAAUAACUGGUUUAUUAACCAAAGGAAGAGGAAUUGGCACGCCAAUCCUUCAACCACAACAACCAUGAAGACCAAACGCAAAAGAAGUAAUGCAGGUGACACACCAUGCGACGACCAUCAAUAGCUCGAGAAAGAACCCGAUCCCACGAUUUCUUGUUGUAUGCAUAAGGUAUAACCCAAACAAAUUCGAAGCAUUACUGAAAUACAGUUCGUUACCUAGUGCAGAGAAUGAAACUGGGAAUUGAAGUGAAUCUGUGCCAUAUAACUUAUAUGCUGAAAGAAAUGUAAAUGGUGAAGGAGAUGGAUGGAUGGACGGAUGGAUGAAUGAAACUACACACAACAUUAGAAUUUAAAUAUGCAGAUUUGUAGAACUUUGCUUUUAGUGAGAUGCUGAAGAAUUUUCUUGGUGAGAAAUAGAUGUAUAGUGUAAUAAGCUUUGUAUGCUUCCUUUACACUCAUAGUAGCCAGAUUGUUUCGAA